GUACUGUAAAAACAUGUAGGUGUAGCAGCAGUAGGUGUAACAUGUACACCUAAAUAUCCGGGAGGUCUUCUUGUUAUGGCGGUCGCACUCUGCCAUGAAAACGGAAUCAGGCAAAGUCAGCUUUCUCCAAAAUACUUGGAAAGCAACUCGACUAGCCACAACUGGCCUUUCAGUGCUGUAGCGGAGCUGAUAGACAAUGCUUACGACCCUGAUGUAAAAGCACGUGUAUUGAAUAUUGAACUGAAACGGCAUGGUGAAUUUGAAAGGUUUUGCUUCACCUUUACUGAUGAUGGAAAAGGAAUGGAUGCAGACGGACUGCACAGGAUGCUCAGUUUUGGAUUUUGUGACAAGGAUGUGUUUUUGGAUGAUAAACACAAGCCCAUUGGACACUAUGGGAAUGGUUUCAAGUCCGGCAGCAUGCGCCUAGGGAAAGAUGCACUUGUGUUUACAAUGCACAAAGACACAAUGAGUGUUGGUUUUCUAUCACAGUCUUACUUGGCGGCUAUAAAUGCUGAGACCAUUCUAGUUCCGAUAGUGUCAUGGACGAGGUCAAGCGACACUGUGAUUCCAACUGUUGAUGCCGAGAAUAGUCUAACAGCAAUCAAGACGUACUCUCUUUUUCACUCAGAAGCAGAACUACUAAGCCAGUUCAAGCAGCACUUCAAGAAGAGUGGAACAGGGACACACAUAAUCAUCUACAACUUGCGACAAACUAUAGAUGGACACUUAGAAUUUGACUUGGCCACAGACAUCACAGAUAUCAUGAUUCCAGAUGAUGCACACCACAGCUCAGCGAAAGGUAAAUACAAGAAGCAGGAUCGUGAAGACUGGCAUCCAGCUAUGGACUACUCAUUACGGGCAUACUGUAGCAUUCUGUAUCUGAAGCCAAGCAUGAAAAUUUAUCUAAGAGGGAAGAAAGUUCAAACUCAAGCGAUCGCUAAGAGUCUAACACAUACUGAGGUUGAUGUUUAUCGACCAAGAGAGUUGAACAAACGUGUGAAGAUUGUGUUUGGAUUCAGUCCAAAGCGUCAUCAUUAUGGUGUCAUGAUGUAUCACCAUAACCGGCUCAUAAAAGGCUAUGUGAGGGUUGGAAAUCAAGUGAAGAACAAUGGGCGUGGUGUCGGUGUUGUUGGUGUUAUCGAAUGCAACUUUCUUCAUCCAACACACAACAAACAAGAUUUUGAAUAUAAUGUGGCAUAUCGGGCUUGUCUUGUUGCACUUGGAGCCAAGCUGAAUGAGUAUUGGUUUGAGAAAAAGAAUUUAGUCUCGUCACGAAAUUCAGAGAAUCAAGCAGCCGAUUCAUCUGUUGAUGUAGAUUCACCAGUGGACAUUGUAGGUCCAGAUCAGACAUGGGUUCAGUGUGAUUAUCCCGAUUGUCUAAAAUGGCGGAAACUACCCCUUGGAACUGAUCCAGACAGCUUACCAGAAAAGUGGUUUUGCGAUUUGAAUCCAGAUCUUAAUUUUCGGUCAUGCGGUGUUCCAGAGGAAGAGGAGGAUGUCAAUGAUGAGUUUGUGCAGGCCUAUGACAAAAAGGAAAAGAGAAAGAUGCAAAAGGAACGGUUGUUGUUGGAUGUUAGGGAAGCUGACGUGAUCAAGCAAGAGAAGCCUGAACAAACUUCAAAGUUGAAGCAAACUUAUGCAGCAGAACUAACAGUCAGAGCUCGUCAAGAUGUCAUUAGAAAUGUCGUAGAUGUGAGACGUGCACAGCAACAGCAGUUUGUUCCAGUCAGUACAAUGGAAUCGCCACUGUUAGUGCAAAUGAGAACAAAUAACCAAGCUAUUCCAGUGUUGCAGUCUUCAUCCAUUAAUAGUUUGCCAAUCCAGUCACCUGCCAGUUGCAUUUUAGUUAACACAUUGCCAACUACAUCUCCCACUCACCUCACACGUGGCACAUCUUCACAACAAGGCAGUGAUAAUGGACAAAAUUAUAUGAUGUUGCUACAACUGGCAGAAUCAGUUUCCCCCACUCACAUUGCUGCAACAAGUGUCAGUGGGACUAACAGCAGAAAGAGAAAGCGGUCUGAGACAAUUUUUCUACCUCCUCAUUCAUCACAAUCUAUUUGUACAGGAUCUCUUAGUACAGGACCUCAUAAUAGUAAGGUCCCUGCGCCAGAAAACAAUGUUUUGAAUUCAACAUCUCCUAGGGAGGAGACUGAAACUACAUGUCUAGACAAAGAUGAUGAUGAUGAUGAUGAUGAUGUAAUUAUACUUGAUGAUAAGUGUCCAGUAACUAGCAGAAAUAGAAGCUCAGAGGACAAGAAACACCCAUUUAGUUUACCCCAAGCUCUUAAAAACUAUUUGUCAUCUGAAAAGCGUCAACUUGCUGUUGAGUUCUACAAGCAAAGUCCUGCUGAAAUAUUUAACUCAUUGGUGGAUACCGCUGCUGAGUUGGAACGACUGAGAAGUAAUGUUACAAAGUUGCUUAAAAACGUGGCUUCGGAUCUCUUUUCUAGUGAAGUCACUAACUUGCCUGUGGAUGAGUUACUGCAGUCAGUUGUUGACAAUCUUGAGUAGUCUCAUUGAUAGUUUCAUUUGUUACAAUAUCAUAAUUUGUUACAAUACCAUAAAUAUGAAUUGUAUUUUAAUUAAUACAUUGGUCUGGAACAAUGUAGACCAAA